GCCAACUUCUCUUGAGCCAUUGACUACCACAUCCACAACUCUCCACUCCUUACAAUGUCGCACACUUCCCUGCGCCUCCUGCGCACCCACCGACCGCCAUUACCGCGUCUCAUUCUCUCACAGUGCCGACCUAUUCUCCCGCGAGCCACCCUUCACUCGACGCGAUCCGCAUCCACAGAAGCAUCCGAUGCCCGCUCACUCGUCACUCGACUCAAGAACUUCCUCUUCGGAACAUCCAUAUUUCUCUUCGGGGCAUUUAGCUAUCUCUACAUCACCGAUACACGAGCAGGCGUACACCAAUGGCUCGCCGUUCCUGCUCUACGAUGGAUAUACCCCGACGCCGAGGACGCCCAUCAUGUCGGGACCCAGACGCUGAAAGCGCUCUAUUCGUUCGGUAUCCACCCCCGAGAACGGAAUCCGAAGGUACAAGAUUCAAAAGGGCCGGACUUGAGUAUCGAGGUGUUUGGGCAUAAGCUGCAAAAUCCAAUUGGCACAUCUGCAGGUAUUGACAAGUUGGCGGAGAUCCCGGAUGCCUUGUUGGCACUUGGUCCCGCGAUAGUGGAGGUCGGAGGAGCUACACCAUACCCGCAAGAUGGGAAUCCGAAGCCAAGAGUUUUCAGACUGCCGAGCCAGAAGGCACUUAUCAAUCGGUACGGAUUGAAUAGUCUGGGAGCGGAGGAUAUGGCGAUGCGGUUACGAGAAAGAGUGAGGCUAUUUGCAUAUCAUAAUGGUUACGGGAUUGGAGAAGAGGCGGAAGAAUUGGUGUUAAAUGGUGGGGCUGGCGUUCCGCCAGGAAGUCUGGCGGAGGGGAAGCUGCUGGCGGUACAGGUUGCGAAGAACAAGUUUACGAAAGACGAGGACCUUGACGCGGUGCGGAGGGAUUACGUUUAUUGUGUGGAGAUGCUAGCGCCAUACGCGGAUAUCCUUGUGGUUAAUGUCAGCAGUCCAAAUACGCCUGGGUUGCGGACAUUACAGCGAGUUGAGCCUUUGACGAAGAUUCUUGAAGGCGUGGUUGGAGCAGCGAAAUCCGUGAACAGGGAAACGGCACCAAAAGUUAUGGUCAAGGUGUCCCCGGAUGAAGACCAAGAUGAACAAAUCGAAGGGAUCGUGGAAGCGAUCUGGAGAAGUGGUGUGGACGGAGUCAUAGUUGGGAACACCACCAAACGGCGGCACAAUUUGAUACCUCAACAUGUGGACCUAUCACCCAAGGAGAGACAGAUUCUGGACGAGCAAGGCGGAUUCUCCGGGCCGCACAUGUUCGAAAGAACACUGGGUCUGGUAAAACGAUACCGUCGUCUCCUUGAUGAAGGCCCUCCAGCUCCUCCGAAGGGAAAGAAACAACCCAAGGAAUCAACCAACCCAGUUGCAGGUCCUACUUCAGGAGACGGACCCGGCUCAACCAUCGUGGAGAAAGUUGAGACCGUGAAAGAGGGUUUGACAGGAUCGGGAGGCACCGGAUCUACGGGUGUAGGAGGGAGUCUCACCGAUGGUUUGACUGGGGCUGGGCAUGGACAAAAAGUCAUUUUCGCCACGGGUGGCAUCACAAAUGGAAAACAGGCGCUGGAAAUAUUGAACGCCGGUGCGAGUGUUGCCCAGAUAUACACAGCGUUGAUAUAUGGAGGUGUGGGCACGGUGUCACGGAUCAAAAAGGAGAUGCGAGAGGAGAUCGAGAAGAAGGGGUAAAACUAGAGAGUUUGGUUCUGGUCCCUGUACAAAUUACAGCGUUACAAUUAUAUGCCGAUUCAUCUAGCUGUCUUUGGUGUCCUUUCUCUGCGGAUGUUUCAUACUCUCUCGUGUGGAGGUGGGUUCCGACUUAGUUCUCGUUCUGGUCUACACCCUAGCUGCCCUUCUUCGACUCAUCACCACCUUACCAUCUACAUUUCAAUCUCAUGACAAAAGUUGGCAGAACUGCCAUCCAAAAGAGGUCGCAUUAACCACUACCAACAUAUCUCACACAACGCCCAAAUCCAGCCCCCCACAAUGCUCCAAGGUGAUCAAGAAUAUGCAAGCGCAAAGACUGAGAAUGCCAAGAACUACGUGUAUCCCUUGGAGGUGGAGCAUCACGUCGCUGGUCUGAGGUAGCAAACGCCAGAAGUCGAAGACAAAAUAAC